UUUCAGUUUGCAUAAGUAGCGGUGAGAGGGCGCAGCGGCAGACGGGUCAAAGCAGGAGUAGAGGAAAGCAGGUUGAAACUGUUAGCGUUAGUUUUAUCAGUGUUUUCUCAGACGCCGCCGCUGUGACCGGUUUUCUGGUGUUUUUAAGGUCAGCUAGCUGAGUCAGGAUGAGGCUGAGCAGUGUGCUGCUGUGUGUGCUCCUCCUGUGGGUUGAAGGGUCUUGGGGGGACACACCGGCCAACUGCACCUACGAGGACCUGCUGGGAACAUGGGUGUUCCAGGUGUCCAAAGUAGGACACGACAAGGCCGUCAACUGCUCCGCUGAAGCCACAGGUGAGAGCACGGUGACUCUGACUCUGGAGAAACUCUCUGUCGCCACCGACCAGCUGGGGAACACUGGCUUCUUCACCCUCAUCUACAAUCAGGGCUUCGAAGUGGUCAUCAAUGGCUACAAAUGGUUCGCAUUUUUCAAGUACACUCAGGAGGGCACUAAGGUGACCAGCUACUGUGACCAGACCCUGACAGGGUGGGUCCAUGACGUCCUGGGACGCAACUGGGGCUGCUUUGUAGGCAAGAGGGUGCAACCAGUACCACCCCGACAUGAUACCAAACCAGUCUUCAACAGCUGGCUGCUUCAGAGGCCAUACAAACACAACUUGGACUUCAUUGAUUCAAUCAACUCUGUACAGAGAUCCUGGAAGGCUGUGGCCUAUGCAGAGCAUGAGAUGUACACUUUACAGGAGCUGCACUACAGAGCAGGGGGGCCUGCCUCACAUAUCCCUAUACGUGUUCGACCUGCGCCUGUGAAAGCUGAUGUAGCCAAGAUGGCGGCAGCUCUUCCUGAGCGCUGGGAUUGGAGGAACGUUGACGGUGUUAACUUUGUCAGCCCUGUGAGAAACCAAGCAUCGUGUGGCAGCUGCUACUCUUUUGCCACCAUGGGAAUGCUUGAAGCUCGUGUUCGGAUCCUCACCAACAACACUGAAAACCCCAUCCUCAGCCCUCAACAAGUGGUCUCCUGCUCUGAAUACUCUCAAGGUUGUGAUGGUGGGUUCCCAUACCUGAUUGGAAAGUAUGCACAGGAUUUCGGCAUCGUGGAUGAAUCAUGCUUCCCAUAUAUUGCAAAGGACUCUCCAUGCGGUGUUCCUCAAAACUGCGGCCGCAUUUACACAGCAGAGUACAACUACGUUGGUGGGUUUUAUGGCGGCUGCAGUGAGAUGGCCAUGAUGUUGGAGCUGGUCAAGAAUGGACCUAUGGCUGUGGCUUUUGAGGUCUACCCUGACUUCAUGGCCUAUAAGGAGGGCAUCUACCACCACACAUUCCUCACAGACACCGUCAAUCCCUUCGAGCUGACCAACCAUGCUGUGCUGCUAGUGGGCUACGGCCGCUGCCACAUGACUGGACAGAAGUACUGGAUUGUGAAGAACAGCUGGGGCACCAGCUGGGGUGAGGAUGGCUACUUCCGAAUUCGCAGGGGAAGUGAUGAGUGUUCCAUCGAGAGCAUCGCAGUCGCAGCCAACCCUAUUCCCAAACUGUAGAAGCUAGAAACUCAGCAUGGGAGAAGUAGGCAUCUGGAUCAUUAAUCACAAUUGUGAAAAUUGGACACGUGUCCUAUGUAGCUUGGCUUUCUUCAAUGCUUGCUUAAGAGGUUGAAAAUUUGAAGCUAAAAUCUGUAACUUUACUCAGUGGGAAAUAUUGUUAGUCACAUGGGUGAUAUGUUCUCUUCCCUCCCAAUCCAACCAAUAUGGUAUAAAUCACACAUUAGGAUGAUAAGUUAUUGAUUUCAGCUUUAAUGCCAACGUCCCAAAUAGCUGAGAUACAUUUCAAAGGGAAAUCAACCCAAAUCUGAAUCACAAUAAGAGAGUAUUUGAUCACUUUUUAAGCCUAAAACCAGACUUUUAAUUCUUUUUAAUCAUCUGUCAGCUGUCAAAUGCUUAAAUAUUAACAGUCGUGCAUCCACAUGAUUUAGUUGGUUUCUGUUGAUCGGUAAACGAAGGGUAACUUGAAUUGUAGGUGUUACUGUUUAUCUAGCUGGUAAGAGAUUUUAAUGUACAGCCACUAGGAAUGGGUGGAUUUCAGUGACACAUUUUUCAACCAGAAGGUCCCAGAGCACAGACGGGGUGGAUACAUUAGCGUAGAAACAUGUUCACUGCUUGGAGUUUUUUUCUUUACGUCCUUGUCAUUCCUCUUCUGCCUGUGGAUCUCUAUUGUGGGGCAAAUAUGUUUUUACAGCCACGAAAAGCACGCAGGCUUAAAAAGACAAACCGAUGUGGUUUGUUGGUCUGUCGAUCCGCCCAGGUUCUUUGUUUUCUAUUUUGAAUAUCUGAUUGAAAAAGGCAAAGAGAUUUAUGACUAACUCUGGAUCGUUUCUUUUAAAUUGGGAAUUUAAAAGACUGACAGGACAGAUAAAUAUCACUUCUUUUUUAUUAUGAACAGAUUUUGAUAGUGACAGUGGUAGUGCUGGAUCCAAACCUACCAUGACACAAAAAAAACAGCACAUAUUAAGAUACUUUGUAAACUAUCUGGCAUUAUUUAAAAUACAAAAGUGAUGAGAGCUUCUAUUUUAGUUAAUUUUAGGUUAAUUCUAAAAGUAUUUUAAAAUACCAUUUGUUUACCGCUCCUAAAAGGGAUUUUAAUUAGAACUAAACAGUCAAACUGUUCUUUUAAAGCUGUAUUUUUUCUUGUAGUGUAAAAUUUGAAUUUACGAGGUCUGCCUAUCAUGCACCAUUUUUAAUUUUUUUUUAAUGUUUUGUGUUUGCUGAUUUCAGCAAUCACUGAUUAGCUGCCAAUUACUAUUGUAUUCAAGCUGUAACUGCCAGUGCAAACUUGGAAUCAAAAUGGAUCGGUACAAACUGUGAAUGCCAAUUGUAGCAGUUUUAAGAGAACUGAGGAGUCAGUGUUUGUGUUUGCUUGUCAGGUGCAAAAUCUUGAUUCUUUGUCUCAGGGAAGCACAGUGGAGAAUUGGUAUAUCUGUUGUCCUUUCAUCAAAUUAAAACCACGGUUGCCAUGUUUCUCUCAAGGGUCAUUUGUUCCCUGUGGAGCAUUUAAAAGGGAUUUGUGAAUCGGUUACUAAAGGGAAGCGACUGAUUGUAGUGCCUUUUAUUCUGCCUCCCUUUUGCUGCAUUUUUGUUUUGAAGUUUGGUGGAAUAAAAGCAUUGCAAAUUA